GCAGCGUGACAGCCAGCCUGUCACAACAAUCAUUGCUGCUGUUGCAAAAUACAUACAGAAACACGGCUAAACAGUUCUAAAGUCUGUGCAUUUUAGAAAAUGUGUUACGUGUUGCGAGCAAGAGGCGAAGAAGACUGAAGAACUGUUCGCUCCAGCGAGACGAAUUCUCGGUCCAGUGGGCCAGCCUAGAGAGUGGCGCGGACACAAAACCGUCAGCCCGUAGCCGCUGCUACCGACCACUUUCCCGGCCGGGGAGAGGUGGACAGCCAGUCAUCAAGAGUGCUGCAGUCGCGCGCGGUGAACACGGUGGCAGAACGAAGAAAAUUACCCGUUUUAUGACUGGAGGAAAAAAAAAACAAGCAGGGAGCAAAAUCCCCCCAUCGUAGCGUCCACGGCACGGCCGAAAGGGGCACAUCACACGGCACACGGUGAAACUUUCUCCCAGUCGCUCGCCAGUCUUGUGAUACGUUGGACACGGUUGCAGCAAAGGGUUUGUUUACCUGUGUACCGUACUGCUUAAUGUGUCUGGCGAUAAAGUACUGUGACAAUCAGUGGCAAGAAAGCAGACACCGUUGCUUGGGACUCUCGAUUAGCCUCGCUUGAAGCAAAACGUAAAUCCGCGGAGCGGCGAAUCGAAGCAGAUUUAAAGUAGCGAGAAGCGUCAAGCGAACGUGUGUUUUCGAGAACACCCCUAAACUAUUCUCAGUCCAAUCACGCAACGGAAAGUAUUUUGCACAACAGACCGUCCGCAGACCGACCUGCAGUGGAUAAUGUGCGUGGGCAUUAUUUGAUUUGCAAAAGCGUCCCAAAAAAAUCCCGAGCCAAUUGUUGCCGAUCGCGCUGUGACCUAGAACACAUCCGCCCAAAGGACAGUAUUGGACACUCAUCAGCCAUGGCCAGCAGUGAGUCGGCAGGAAGCUCGUCCGUAAUACGCAAAGGUAAGUGAAAGUCCGCUCUUUGCAAUUGGAUUCAUUUUCCUUCGUUUCUUGUUUCAUGCCAACCCUUUGAUGAUCGGUCGUGUGCACAGACCGGGCCUUUGCACAGAAUAUUGGGGUCAGCCGGUCGUGUUAAUUGCUUUUUUCCACUGCGACUGACAAUGCCGACCCGCCGUUGCAGCGGGCAAAUAACGAAAAGCACGACAGACACCGACGACGCUACGGCGGGAAGGGCGGGAAGAAUAAUUGAUGAUCUGUCUUUUGCAAAUGCUUCCCUCGCUUCCCUCGAACCGCGUUAUUGGCACGUGGCAAAAAUCCUAGGCUCAAUCCAACCCAGUCGGCUCAGAAAGCAGCCAACCGAUUGUGGAUAGCACAAUUCGUGUGGCUGUAUUGCGAACCAGCUAUUGCACAGAUUACGGGCAGCGAAUGUACUGGAAUGAUGCGAAAUAUAAGUCCGCUCUCGUUCCAGUUUCCCUCGUUUCCCCGGCCUCGCUGAUAAGCUAAAAUCAUAAAUUACAUCCACUUAUGAAGUAAGUGUCCCGUACACCACUCUUGCCUACUCCCCUUAGCGGAACGAGAGGAAGCUGCUGGUUUCCCCUCUCUUAAGCCAUCCCCACAGUGUUUUGUUGUUAUCACCAGGUUGGUUAUCUUGCUUGGCCUGCACAGAACGAUACGCACACCCUCCCGGGGCGUGCUCUCGCGCGUUUUUGCCGACUUCGUGGGCGCGGGAAGCUUCAUUGUUGAGUGCAAAAAGCGAGCGAAAAGCAAUGGCCGCUCGGCCAGAGAGCUCUAUGAAGCUUGCACUCGUGUGGUGGUGGAAGGGCACGAGCACAUUAGAGAAUAAUUAUCAUCUUUCAAUCUUUGUUUAAUGCAUUCGUCAUAUGCUUUGCUCUCCCCCCAUUGUUGUGCUACUUUAUCGCACUUUAUCGGGUCGUCAAUCUAAGGUGUGAGCUUAUUAAUUUGUGAUGAUUUAAUGAGUUUAGAUCAUUCAUUUGUACAGAACGGAACAUGAACCCUCAAGCGCAAUAAAAUGUGCCUUUGCUGGAUAAUGAAGCAAAAGAUUAUCAACGUCAAAUAUGUUCACUUAUUUAUUAAACCUAUUGUUUAUUACAUGCAAAAGUUCAUUAAGCGCAAAAUAUAGGUUUAAGGUAUAUGAAACCUUUUAUCAGCAAACCAGCUGUCGAUGGAAUUGUUUUUGAAAAAGAGUGGAAUGUUUCUUGGCCGGCUUGCACGAAUGAAUGAGCAUUGUUUCGGCGAGAUAAUAAGUGCCGAUCAUUACUCGCCCCUGAGCAAAUACUUUGAGCUGCUCUAUUCAGGCGUUUCACUCUGCCAGGGAUGAGCAACCUGAUCAAGAGUAUUUGUGUCAUAUGGCGUUUAAAAGAUUAUAUUAACGAAAUUGUCUGAUGGAACAUAUUGUUCAUGUAUCUGCAAAGAUCUUUAGGGGACCAAUCAGCUCCAGUAGCCUCUUAGAAAACAAUUACGAUGAGUGUAAUGUUAAGUUGUUAAGGCGUAUAAACUCUAGAUUAAGCCGAGGUAGUGUGGAAGUGAAAAACUACAUUAGGGUAUUUGAGUACAACUAUUUCACAACAAGCUGUAUUAUGAUAUUUUCGGCAUUAAUCGGUAAUCACAUUCCUGCGAGUAUAUUUUUUCAGUAAACAUAUAGCUUAUUGAAAUAUUUGAACAACACUAAACGAUUGGCAAAAUAAACUAUUUUUCUGUAUAAAAGGUAAUAUUUUUACAUUUAAUAUAAGAUGCUUGUGUAUAAGUUAAUGUGGAAUCAGCGAGAAUUAGUGUAAUACUGAAUUUAAGCUCUCAAUCACCAUUGUUUGUCAGUGCCCAUUAAUGGUUGAUUCUAAUGCAUCUAUUUGUGCCUGUUAAGCUUGAAUAUUUAUUCUAGCAGAAAGUAUGAUUCAUUCCAAAGGUCUAUGUCUGUAACUACAUUGUUUUCUCGUGAAAAAAAAACUAAGACGAUUUAGUCAAUUCUCGUUGUUUAUGCCUUUAGAUCUUCGCUAAGAAAAUUUCUUUACAUUAAUUUUACAAAAUUGACGUAAUAAGGCCCUAUCACAUUGGGGCAUUUAGAAUCGAACUGCUACGUCGAAUACGAAUACGCCGUUUGACAGCUUUUACCUCGCCAGGAAAAAUGAAUUGGUCUAGACCAGCGAUCGGCAAAGUACUUCUCGCGAGCCGCAUGCAGCUCUUAAUCGUUCACAUAUUUCAGAGCGCUUUCACACAUUUUUGUUAUCGAUUUUACAAUUUGGCUCUUCCCGUGAAACUCUACAAACAUACUUGUAAAAUCUCGCUCUUUCGGUUGCAAAGAUUGCCGACCACUGGUCUAGAUCAAUGUAAAUUCUUUCAAGAAGAAGAAUUCUACUGUCAAGGAGGAAAACUGUGUUUUUUUUGGAAAGAAACACAUAAAACAGAUCUCCAAGUGUCGUCGUAAAACAACUUCUUCGGCAAAGAAAUAUUAGUUUAAAUAGAGAGAUAAAUUUCACAUAAAUUUCUUUUUCGUAAUUUCCAGCGUGUUAUUACAUUAGCGAAGAAAACUUUUUUGUCAAAUCGGGACAACGAAAGAUAAAUUCUGGAAUUAUUUAUGCAAUGUAAUAGGGCCAUAAGCAUAUAGUUUUUAAUACUAUUUAUGAAAAAAAUAUUUUCUAUUGUCAUUUGUCAAAUUUUGACUUGAACUUUUGACGAAAUAGUAUUAAUAACUAAGUAAAACAUUCAAAACUGUGUAAAAUGUAUGCCUUAGGGACAGAAAUUGAUGAUAACGAGUCAACAAUUGUGACACGUUGAUGACAAUUUGAAUCUUAGAGGCAAAAAUGUAGCGGCAGUAAUUAAAAUAGAAAGCAUUUUGCACACAUUCAUUGCAAAAAUCGAAGCGUUUCUCAACAACAUUUGUGUUACUAGUUUCCACGAAGCGUUUCCACUGGGAAUAAAAGUCAUGCACCGAAGUGCAUUCGCACCGCCACCGCGAUGGAUGAACGGUCGGCAAUGGAAUGAACCACUUUGCGUCCGCUUAGUGUACAAGCCGCUUAGCGCGCCAAUCGGCGCGCCGUACACUCUUCUCCACAAGUCUCAGCGCGCUCAGCGCAGCGCAGCGCUCGAAAGAGCGCCGCGGUGGAAAGAAGAGAAUCCCGCUCGUACGAACCAGCGCAGAGCCGAGCGGCGUGUCUCAGUGUCUAUUAACCACUGGACGGUCGCGGUUCUCCCACACGACGCUCUUGACGCGCGCACCCAGCCCAUAACGUCGGUCAAACGCUGUUUUUGAAAAACGGUCCGCGAAACUAGCGCCCUAUGCAACGCCGUGUGCUGCUGGUGAAGGGGUGUAUCAGGCGAUAGAGAUCGGAUGAUCACGCGCCACUCCACGUUCGCAUCAACGAGCUGCUCCUGUGACGUGUUUGUGCAGUUUUCGAUUUCUGGCAAGUGGUAAAGUCGUCCAGCGAAUGAUACAACAAGCGCGCAAAGUUUGGUGAAAUUCGCGGUUCUAACAACCCCGUGUUUGAGUUUGGUGAGAGAAAGAAGUCGUCGCCGAAAGAAACCGUUAGUGUGUGCUUGUGUGUGUGUCUGUUCCUGUUCCUUCCGAGGUCAUCCUCUGUCCGCUUCGCAAAAAGCGGCAAGUCUCGGUAGUGAAGGCGGCAGCACCAGCUGAGUACUGUUUCGUGCGGUGCGGCAGGAAUUUCUCACAGUUUCACCGUGGCGCUGAACGCGUACAUCGAGCGGGGCAUCCGGCUGCGCCAGGAGCGAGCCCUCGAGCAAUGGACGCACACACGCAUGGACGCGCUGGACAGCAGCAGCAGUCAGCCGCCGCUCGGCCCGCAGCUCUCUAGUGCCAUAUCGCGCUGGAUCCUGUACGGUACCGUCGUGCCGAGCGUCCACGUCACGCCCAACGGCACGCACCGGCAUCAUCAUCAGUACGCGACCCACUCGGUCGCCUCCCACUAUCACCGUCCGCUCGUGCGCAAACCAUCGUACCGGCGCAAAAUGUCGUCCACCGAAAGCGGCGCCAGUGGUAGCAGCAGCCCCACGACCAGCCCCAAAGUGUCCUCCUCCCCGGUGCAGCAACAUCGCCGUCGGACGGCGGCGGCAGCACCCUCACCGCACCAGUCCAGUCGCCGCACGGGUCGGGAUCUGCAGCGUACCGCCACCGCCAACUCGUCACAUUCCUCGGCCGGGUCCAUUACCUCCAUACUGUCCAGCCUGUCGUCGGCGAACAGUGGUGGCAGCCAGCAACAGCGCAAACAACGUCGCAUCAAGCGACGAACCGCCCGCAAGUCGGCAACGGCGGAAGCGAAAGGGGCCCGACCCAGCGCACGGAGCAGCAAAAGCAACGGCAGCAGCAGCAGCAGCAACAGCAACAACAAAGCCAAUACCGACACGCGGUGGACCGACGAAAGCCGGUCAGAAUCGUCGGAACAUUCCAUUGAGGGGCCAGUGUCGAUGCCCUGGUUCGGCAUGGACAUUGGCGGCACCCUCACGAAGCUGGUGUACUUCGAGCCGAAGGACAUCACGCCGGGCGAGCUGGAUCAGGAGGCACGCAUCCUGCGCAACAUUCGGCGUUACCUGACGAAAAACUCGGCCUACGGCAAGACCGGCCACCGGGACAGCCACCUGCAGAUGGACGACGUGGUGAUACGCGGCCGGCGCGGCUCGCUCCACUUCAUCCGCUUCCCAACGUCGGAGAUGCUCAGCUUUCUGAAGCUCGCCAAAUCGAAGGGCAUGGCCCAGCUGGUGACGACCGUCUGCGCGACCGGUGGCGGUGCGUUCAAGUUCGAGGAAGACUUCCGGCAGCACGUCAACAUGAAGCUGGCCAAGUUCGACGAGCUGGAUGCGCUGAUCAAGGGCAUUCUCUUCACGGAAACGCACAACAAAUGUGAGUGCUACUUUUGGGAGAACGCCAACGAAAUUAGUAGUACGAAGAAAAAGUUCGACUUUAGCCAACCGUACCCGUUUAUACUGGUGAACGUCGGGUCGGGCGUCUCGGUGCUGGCGGUGCGCGGCCCGGACAACUACAAGCGCAUCUCCGGCACGAGCCUCGGCGGCGGUACAUUCCUGGGCCUGUGCUGUCUGCUCACCGGCUGUGAAACGUUCGAGGAAGCAAUACAGUUAGCGACGAAGGGCGAUCAUAAGAAGGUGGACAAGCUAGUGAAAGACAUUUACGGCGGCGAUUACGAGCGGUUCGGGCUGCCCGGCGAGCUGGUCGCGUCAAGCUUCGGACAGAUGCAUCUACAGGAAAGGCGGCAAAGCGUUAGCAAGGAAGAUCUGGCCCACGCCAUCCUCGUGACGAUCACCAACAACAUUGGUUCGAUCGCACGCAUGUGCGCAAGCAAUGAGAAGAUCGAGAAGGUGGUGUUUGUGGGCAACUUUCUGCGCGUGAACCCAAUAUCGAUGAAGCUGCUCGCGUACGCGAUGGACUACUGGUCGAAGGGAACGCUCAAAGCGCUGUUCCUCGAGCACGAGGGUUACUUCGGUGCAGUCGGGUGCCUUUUGCAGUUCAACGGUGAGCUGCACGCACAAGUCGGUGAUUUACUUACUUAGACUAGUAGAUAGGAAGGUAACGAAACAGUGAUGGGAGUGGGGUGACGCGAGAGAAAAAGGGCAAUAGGCGCCGGCGGAGAUCCCUUUCUUUCGUGUUUGUUUUAAUACGCGCUAAAUUAGCUUGUUCGUUUUGAUCUAGUUCUUGUAAAAAGAGAGAGAGAGAGAGCGCGAGAGAGAUCUUCUACACAAUUGAGUGAUAGCUUUUGAAGCUUCUGAAUCGAUUCAUUUUCAUCAUUCUAACCUGCAAAAAGAUUAGGCAAAAUCAGCUCACUCGCUCUCCCGUAAGGUUCUAGGUGUGACCUAACAGCGGAGUAGCGAACAGAAAAUAAGGAAAAACACAUUCACUCUUGCGAAAAUUAGUUAAGCGAUGAGCAAAAAAAACCCCCUUCGCAAACAAUCAGCCCCUUUUGCCGUCAGUCCAAUCAUAGCGUAACGUAAUUUAACUUUGCCAAAUCAUGUCCCCGUAUCCCCGCUGGUCCGGCACACAUUGAUAGGCAAGGCGCGCGGCCCAUGACGAUCUUUCGACGAAACUUAUUCAACAUAUUUACAACGAGUGAGAUUCAUUAGACACAGGGAGCGCACAGGCGGAAGCUCUUUACUGCAGGCAGGCAGCAGCACGUGGCAAACACACACACACACAAAACAACGGAACCAGGAUAAGUACUAGCUAAGGUAGUAGGCGCGUAAGGCAGUGACACUUUGCACCGGGUUGAGGAAGCUAAGUGUAAGUUUAAGACACUGUUAAGUCGCUGUGGGCUAUAAAACGAGAGAAAGAGAAAAUGAGCGGCAUUGGUGGGGGAAUAGCAGGUGCUCAUUUGCAGUGAUCGCGCGAGAUCAUCGCGUGUUCGGCAGAUCGGUAGGAGUAGUAAUGGGUAAAUGUUAUUAAUUAUUAUUAUUAUUAGUUUUAUGGUUAUUAUUAUUAAUUUUAUUUUAGAUUGUUAGUAAGAAGCAAGCGCGUUGAGGGCAAACGAUUGGCAACUGUCUUUUUUUUGAGUUCAAAACUCGACCGUGUAUCCCAUUCUGGUUCAUAUGAAAAACCGAAGACGGUUAAACCCGAAAGCGACGCUAAAACGUAGGGAUUUUGUUUGAUCCUGUCUCCUCAGACUGCGCGAGAAGUGCGAGGUGAAGUGUUUUAAAACCGAAAAUCGAAAUUCAAUCCAAUGGCCAAUCACUAGCUCUGCUAAUUUUUACACACAAACACUCAAUCUUACAAAUACAACAAAAAACGAAGGUAUCAAAAUAAGGGAGGAAGUUGCGCAUAGCGGUGGGCAGCUCAAUCUCUUCAUACGCCUAACACGCGCGCCUCAAAUGUUGCAGCAUCAUCCGUCCAUGCCGAACCGAAGGAAUGAAUGGAGUGAAAAACACUAGCAAAAUGGUGUUAACAGUGGUAUAGCGGUAGAGAGAGGGAGAGAGAGAGAAGCUGAUAGAGGCAAAAGGUUUAGCGCGCGUUUAAGCACAAGCGGAAUGGAUUAAAAGUACGGCAUGCAGGUGACAACAAGAAAUGCGGGACAUGCGUGACGGAGGCAGCCAGCAACGGGAUGUUGAAAUCACUUUAAACAUAGAAAAGCAAAAGACAGCUUUGAUCACGUUCGAUCACUGCUAAACAAUUUUCCACUAUUGCUUUAUACAGUUAAUAAAAACCAAAUGGAAUAUAUACAUAUAUACAGCGCACACAAGAA